AUGUCGGGACGGAUAGGGGCCGUGAAGACAUUGGGGAUCGGGUGGGUGGCACCGCUGGCCUUGCCAUCGGCGCCGAUGAUCGAAACGGUCGGUCGGGAAGCCAUUGCGAAGAUUUCUGCUGUCUGGCUCUUCAAGAGUCUGACGGCGGGUGUAGAUGGCGAGGAGGCUCACCUCUGGCUGGUCGGCUGUCUGUUGAAAUCAUCCACCACCCCCGGCCAAGACCCUCAACUGUUCCAAGGCUUCCUCCCUAGCCCUACCCUGCGCCUUUCUCCUCGCUUCAUACAGCCUGCCCGGCUCCUCGGCAGCGGGAGACCCGGGCUUCGGUCGCGGGUAGUGCUCCCUGGUGCCCGCCGACCCAAGCGCAAGCCUGAACCCGCCGCUACCGUCAAAGUCCUCACCGUAGAGCUCAAACUCUUGUAG